CAAUCCUUGACGAAAAGAAAAUGAGGAUGAAAAUAGUAUUCAAAGGUAUGUAACUGGAGACAGACAGAAUGGCGUGGAGUUUGGUGAUAUCUGUGUUAUCCUUUACUUUUGUGGUGUACCUCCUUCACUAUUCUCACUACCUACUAACUGUUCGUAAUGGCUUAGAUGGACUUCUAGAACAUUUAUGGUCAUGGAUUUUAAUACCAGUGUUUAGUGCCACUGGCUAUGUCUGUUAUGAUUUCUACAGAAGAAAUGUGACACCAAAUCAUACAAUUAGAACUUCAAUAGAUCAUUAUAUUGCCAUCUCAUCCUUGUCAUGGGUCGGUUGGUACAUGAGACGGAAAUUAGAAAAAGCAACAAAAAAUGUAAAGCAGGCACAGGAUGAACUGUUAUUACAGAGACUUAAAGAUAAUGCUGAAACAUUGUAUGGGAAAGAAUAUCAAUUUGGAGAAAUAAAAGACAGGGAGGAAUAUGUUAGAAAACAUCCAUUGACAAGAAUUUCUCAUUACGAGCCAUAUAUACAAAAAAUGUUGGAAACAAAAGAAUGUGAAAACAUUUUGACACAUAAAAAGCCGAUUCAGUUUGCUGUGACAUCAGGAACCUCAGGUAAGAGUAGUAUAUUACCUAUGACAGGUGAACAAAGACUGGCAUUUUUUACUCAUGGCAUAGCUGUAGUGUUCAAUAGUUUACUUCAAUCUUUACCAGAGAACAAAUGUAUUCAGAAAAGUUUGAAAUUAUUUUAUACUCCACGAUGGAGGGAAUCAGCUGGAGGUCUUCCUAUUGGACCAAAUUCUUCCUCUCCAACAAAUUCCAAGGCCUUGCUUAGUAUAUACUCAACACCAAAACCCGGGUUUGAAGUCCUUUCAGAGCCAGAAGCAUUGUACAUCCAUUUAUUGUUUGGUCUGAAGGACAAAUAUCUUGGGAUGGUAGAAGCCAAUUUUGCCUCAAUUGUUCUCAUAGCUUUCCAAGCACUAGAAAUGCAAUAUAAAAGUCUUAUAGAGGACAUCGAACUAGGAAGAAUUAAUCCAGAUCUAAAAAUCACUGAUGAAACAAGAAAUGAAUUGAACAAACUUUUAUCCCCUGAUAAAAACCGUGCCAAUGAACUACGAGAAGCAUUCAAAGGAGGUGCUGCCGGAUUAGUUAAACGUGUCUGGCCUUCAUGUCAUUUAAUUCUUGCUGCUGACACUGGUGUCUUUACUUUGCCUGCCAGUAUCCUACUGGAAACCUAUUGCAAAGGUAUACCUAUGUAUUCUCCAUUGUAUGCAGCAUCAGAAGGAUUGCUAGGAGUCAAUAUCUGGCCGGAGGAUAAACCAAGUAAAUACAUGCUGGUUCCUGGUUAUAUGUUCUUUGAAUUUAUACCAGUACAACAUUGUGAUGAAGAUCAACCACAAACACUGUUCUUAGAUCAGGUUGAGCUUGGUAAAGAGUAUGAAUUAGUGAUAACAAAUGCAGGUGGUCUGUACAGAUAUAGAUUUGGGGAUGUAGUGAAGAUUGCAGGAUUUCAUCACCAAUGUCCAAUUAUUGAAUUUAUGUAUAGACAAGGACAGUUCCUGAAUGUAAGAGGUGAGAAGACAUCAGAAAAGACAUUCUAUAAUGCAUUGAUGAAGGCAGUCUCUAACUGGGAAGGAUUGAAGUUAACAGAUUAUUGUUGUUCUGAGAGUUUAUUGAUAAGUGAAGAAGGAGAGAAGAAGGACUAUGCCCCAUUUUAUUAUGUAUUUUUGGAAUUUGAUUCAACAGAUGGAGAUGCUAUGCUGACUGAGGAACAGAAAAAUCAGAUUGACGAGACUUUGUGUAGCCUCUCCUAUGUGUAUGGAUCCUUUAGGAAGAAAGGAAGUAUACAGAAAAUGAAGGUGAACAUGGUCAAACCGGGAACGUUUCAGGGACUUAGACAGUUUGCCAUAGAGACUACACAGGCCUCAGCUAAUCAAUACAAAAUACCAAGGGUUGUCAAAACUAAAGAGGCUGCAGCAUUUAUGAUGAAAAAUGUGAUAUGAUAUAAGAUGUUAAAGACUUAUUGGAGAUUGUGAUACUGUUCAUAUUUUUAAUCCUAUUUAUUUUAACUGCCAAAGCAUUGUGAUUAACAAUCAUAAAGAAGUUGUUUAUUUGAUGUAUUUAUACAUUACAGUUUUUCAUGUUUUGUGUUUCUAUCUAAACAAGAUUUCCACAAAAAAUGAAUUCUCUUUUGUUUGACUUGCUGCCUCACUGACAUUCACUUCAAAUCUUAUUUCAUUUUGAAUUCUUUAAAGAUAAUACUGUAAUAAUACUGUAAUUUCAGAAAUUAUUGCAUUCAUUUAUUAUUGCAACUUUUUAAGAAUGGACAAAAAUGUGAGUUAAUUAUUGCUAUUUCAGAAAAAUACUCAUAUAGAUAUCUGUAUCAGAUAUAUUAUUGUGAUAAUCACCAAGUCGCAUUAUUCGCAUUAAUAGAAUCCUCGCAAUAAUUUCUUAAUUUACAGUACUUUAAAGAUAAUAUUUAUUUUAAGCAAUUUUUUUGUUUCACACUUUUGAAUAAAUCUGAAUAGCAAAACAGAAACUUGUCAUAUAUAUCUAUGAACAUGAUAAAAGGGGGUCAGCAUCAUAUAUCUGCAACUCUACUUAUAAAACUACAGACUGGAUUUCAAUGAAACUUUUUACAGAAUCUUCAGUAUCUUAUGCUAUUGUUAGUUUAUAUUUUUAUUUUUUUGGGGUAAAUAUUGCAUUAAAUGCAAUCAAAACCUUAUUGUCUCAUUCUUAAUAGCUGUACUUUUUAGACCUAAUCUCUACUUUUGAAAGAACACACAUGGUGCAUUUGCAGUGAGGUGAAUAUUCUGUAGAUCCUUUCCAUGUCCAUGUCGAACAAUUAUUGUUAAUAAUAUAUACUCAGAUAUUCAAGUCAUAAAUUGAUGUGUAUAACCAUACUUGUUAAGAAAAACAUUUUUUUGGAAAUGACAUAAGUAAUCUAUCUGUUCUAAUGUCAACCUAUAUUUGUUCCACCUAUUAAACAGAAGUUCCAAUGGAAACUUUGUUAUAAACAAUGCCAAAAUAUCUGUUCCUGUUGGAAAAACUAUUCUAUAAUCUUUAUUCCAUCAUGAACAAUUACUGUAAUAUUUUUUUCCAGAAGUAAUAAUAUUUCAGAAUAUUUCUUCCAUUUGGAGCUCAUAUUAUGAAGGAACUUCUAUUUUUCAUGACACUAAAAUAUGGUCAACUACAAUUGUUGGUAAAGGAAGAUAACUCCAAUUCAAUUCAAAAUAUUUUUAAUUGAUGUUUAAUUUAAAGUUCACAUUUAUUUCAAAUGGAAGCAAUUAUCUUUACCCUUCAGUGCCCACAAGCACAUUUAUUAAUCCUGAUGACUUAACGGUUCAUUUAGAAAAUUAGACUUUGCAUAUCUAAACAAAUGGGAGCUAUAUUCAUAGUUUAGUUUGGAGAUUGUAAAUCACAUUCUGCUUUCAAUAAUGCAUACUUGACUAAUGCUCUGUUGUGAUUACUGUGUUUUAGACUUAUAGAUAUAUCAGGAAAUGGGGAUUGUGCAAACAAAAAUAUACUCCUGAGAAAUGACAUUGUAGUUGAGUUUUGUAAAAUGUUUAUCAUAAUGAUUUUUUAUGCAAAAGAGUUCAGCUUAUUUUACUUCUAAAAGAUAGUGUGAAAAUUGAUCACAGUUAUUUUUCACUGCCAUUUAUUAUAUGUAUAUUGAAUAAUACCUAGGAAAGCCAUCUCAUAGAAUUAUGAAUCUGAAUUUUAAAAGAAUUAUAGUUAUAUUUAAUUAUCUCCCUUUCAUAUUAGAAAUAGUACUAGUUUUUUUCAAAUUAUAGUCAUGGAUAUAAACCUCCAUUUCUAUGUGAUAUUUGUGACUAUUAAAAAUUUCAAAAUGUGAGAUCUAAAUAAUGAGAUUGCAAAAAAUAUUGUGAAGGAAAAAAUUAUUACUGAAAUUAUAAGUGCAAGUUUUUAUAAUAUUGCCAACCUGAUGAUGUAGCAUUUUCAAAUUAAUAAAAACAUCUCAAUAAUUUCUGAUUUUACAGUACUUGUAAUCAAACAGUAUGUAAAAGUGUUUGUUCAUAAAGAUAAAUGAUUUUCUGUUUUAUUUCUCGCCCAUGCUCUGCAGUGCCAAAAACUAGUAUCACUUCACAUCAAGGGAAAAUAAAUGUAAUAAUUUCCAAAAGUGCUGAUGUAUUGUUAUUUGUAUUGUUUCACUGUUUGUAUUAAUUUAUCAAAAUAAAAUAUCAUCAAAUAUG